CUCCAUCAGUUGAAGAUGAAGAAACCAGUGCAAGUCUAUAUCACUUCGGUUCUGAAAGCAUGCCGCCGGAGGAACUAUCUCGAUGCCGUUGGCAAUACUUCUACUUCUCCUGCUCCUGCAACUCGAACAACUCUUAUAAUGGCGCCUCUAUCCGACAGCUCCAUGGCCAACAAGCUCUACCCCUCCCGCGGCAACCCCUGCCUUGAUCUGUUUUACAACGCCAAACGACACGACGCCUACCGCGUUCAUUCCCUCCAGUAUCUGAACCAACUGCUGCCGGGGGCAUGGGCCCACAAUCCCACAACCACCAUCAAGCUCAUCUGCAACCUACUAGACCACCGUCCUCCCCGUUACAAAAACUACAAAAAGGGUUUCUACACGGCGGCGUUUUGGCUCCACCACAACCACCCCAAGACCCUGGCCUGCAACCUCCCGUCCAUCGCCGGCUCCUUCGGUAGUUUAGAAACCGCUCUGGAUAUUCUAUCCCUGAUCCUACAACGCCAUGACCGGCGCCUCCAUCUCUCUGUCCACUCAGAGGACAGAACAACCACCGGGGUCCCUCGGAGCGGACAGAAAUUCCUCGCCUACCUCGACAGGUACCAGAGCGACCCAGAUUAUCGGUUCUUACACGACCGCGUUUCGGAUCUUUUCGCAGAUUGCUUGAAGUUCGACAUACAAAACUUCAACAAACACCAUCAGCAACAGCAGCAGAGUAUCAAUGACGGCGAUGAGGGUGAGACGUCUGCUGAGUGCUUGGAGAUAACCUCGGCAGCGAAGCUGUGUCCUGACUUCGACUCCCCCUUCAACCGCGCCACCUUGCUCUGCGAGAGCAUCGCCAAUAAGGUUUUCCCGCGAGAAUCGUACCCGGAGUACCAAGGCAUUGAGGAGGCGGAUUACGCCUAUAGAGUCCGGCAGCGGCUGAGGGAGGAGGUUUUGGUGCCCUUGGGGAAGGCCUUGAUGCCCCCCAACUAUUCCACACUUGUCAACCGGUGGGGUUAUAAUCCGGAGCCGGAGCCGGAGCCCGUUCCCGAGCCGGAACCCGAGCCCGAGCCCGAGCCCGAGCCCGAGCCCGAGACCUAUGCGGUGGAGAAGUAUUUGGAGAAAGUGAAAGCAGCAGCCGCCGCCGGCGAGUCGAAGAUUAAGGCUUGUGCUUUGCUUCCACAUCACAUAGCACGUUAUGUGAAGAAGGAGGAUUUCGGCGAAGUGGCCGAGCUUCAGUGGAAGGCAAUGGUGGAGCACAUGAAAAAGCAGGGCAAGUUCAAAAACUGCUUGGCUGUAUAUGACAACUGGUUAAGCUUAAAGACAGACUGCGGAGAUAAAAAAGUGGCUAGGGGGGCGGCUUUGGCAGUGAUGAUCUCCGAGCUGAGUGAAGAGCCAUGGAAAGGAAAGUUGAUGAAUUGCAGUGUAAAUACGCGGCUGCAUUCGUUAAAAGGCCUCGAUAAUCUCAAGGCCAAGCUGGAGUUGGCGGGGAGGAUGGAGAUGGAGUACGAGGAGCGGGGGGUUGAUUUUGAGAAGGUGUUUGAUUUGGUUUUGGAGGUUGCAGUGAAGAAUGAUUUGAAGCCGGAGCAGAUGAUCAGGAGGGUGGUCGUGUUCUCUAGCGAGAAUGACUUUGAUGGGUGCUGGAAGACAGAGUAUGAGGAGAUACAGAGAAAGUUCAAGGACAAAGGGUACGGCGAUGUGGUGCCACAGAUUGUGUUUUGGAAUUUGAGAAGGUGUUCGACUGAUGCAGAUGUAGCUUCUGCACAGUUGGAAGGGCUGGAGAUGUUGAGUGGCUUCAAUGACAAUUUGGUCAGGUCCUUCUUGAACAAUGACGGAAAAAUUAAAUUUGGCCCCUACCAUGUCAUCAUGGAAACAGCCAUCUCUUACCCCAGAUAUAAAAAUCUAGUGGUUGUGGACUCAAUCUCUGAUGAUCAUCAUGGUAUGUUUUAA